GGUGUUUUGUUGGUUUUCUUGUUCUUCUUGUUGCCAUGGGAACAGUCUAUGACAUUUACGUUCAGCAUGCGAUGACCCAGUUUAAUACUGUGCAGAUUAGGGUCCCCUAUGAAACUGUGAAUAACAGCGCUGGCAACGCAGGAGAGCAUGCAUUACGAGUUGGUGAAUAUGCGCCCAUACAUGACCAGGCCCAGUAUCCCACUGUUGCCAAUAAAUCUUUAUCACCACCAAGUUAUAGGGGCACAAUUCAUAAAAUUAUCAUAGCUUUUUCUAUGUACACCAACGGUGCAAAAGUUCUGAACACCAGGCAAGGCAGUGGCGCUCUCACUUGUGUCAAUGGAAUUCGAUUUCUAAGUCUCUCCUGGGUUAUUUGGGGACACACCUAUGCUUUCAUAGUGUUUUUUGUUGAUAAUCUAGUACCUGUUUACCAGGACCUGACAAAACGUUGGACAAUGCAGGUCCUAUUGCAGGGUACCUUCUCUGUGGACACCUUCUUUGUCUUAAGUGGUCUUCUUGUCACAUAUCUAACACUGAGAGAGAUGAAGAAGGGGAGUGGUAGAUUCAGGAUCAACUGGGGACUAUAUUAUUUCCACAGAUUCUGGAGGUUGACUCCCCCUUACAUGUUGGUGUUGAUGGUGUAUGCAGUGACCACCAAGUACUGGGCAACUGGACCUUUGUGGCCAGAACAGGGAGCAAUGGAUCAGUUCUGUAAUGAAACGUGGUGGACAAAUCUUAUAUAUGUAAACAAUUUUGUACAAAUGGAUAAAAUGUGCAUGGGUUGGUCCUGGUACCUCUCCAAUGACAUGCAGUUCUAUGUUGUUAGUCCUCUGAUUCUUAUUCCUUUGUUUUGGCAUAUAGUUGCAGGUGGGGCUAUGUUGCUGUACUUCUUGUUGGCAAGCCUGAUAUAUACAGGGUUGAUGUGCUCCAUUCACAAUUUUGGACCAGGAUUGGCAACUCAGAGUGAUCAGCUGACCUACUUUGAUUUAGUUUACAUCAAGCCCUAUGCCAGAAUAGGGCCCUAUCUUAUGGGCAUGGUUGUAGGUUAUGUGCUGUACCUCACGGAGUGCAAGCCUAAGAUGAAUAAGAUGAUAGCCUUGGGAGGAUGGGUUGUGGCCACAGCAUGUGCCUUAGCAGUCGUCUACGGUGUAUAUGAUGUAUACCAGGGUCACCCGCUGAGUAACGAUGUUGGCGCAUUUUACAAUACAAUGUCAAGGACGGUGUGGGGUGCGUGUGUUGGUUGGGUUAUAUAUGCAUGCUGUACUGGAUAUGGAGGGUUUGUGAACACACUGCUGUCUUGGGGUGCUUUUGUCCCUUUGGGUCGACUGACAUACUGUGCAUAUCUAAUUCAUCCCAUCAUCAUGUUUGUUGUUUACUCUGUUCGAGAAAGACUGAUAUUUGUGACAGAUGUGUCAGCGACUUACUUCUUUUUUGGCCACAUGGUGAUGACAUAUGGUUGUGCAUUUGUUGUGUCCAUGGUCUUUGAGGCACCAAUGAUGGGUUUGGAGAAAGCUAUAUUAAACAGAGAUAAAUCAGUUUAGAUUGACAGGAGAGUCAUAUGACUGUAAGCUGCUGCCAUCUAGUGAUAGAAAUGUACACAAUGAUCAUCUUAGACAGCGUUCAGAUUCAAACAUUGUACCAGCAGGAUGGAUCCAUUUCUGUGGGGAUUUUUGCUAAAUUGCAUUCAGUGUAAUCAGUUUAAUUGUCUGAAACAUUUCCUUGAAAAGCUAGGGGGUAAUUAACUUUCGCGUGCACUCAGCUUAAUUACCCCCUAACAGCUUGACUAGGUGUGUGAUACACUUUAGCCGAUGACAGCGAUUGCACUUAGGGAGAAUCUCCCGCAGAGUUGGAUCAAUCCAGCUAAUAUGAUGGGUUUUUUGAAUGCUCCCUUAUUUUGCUCAUAAUGAUUUGGCUUCAAUUAGCUUUAAUAAUUUGAUGGAUGUUGCAUUUUAUGUUACUGUUAAAGGAGACAUAUAUCUUUUCAUUGUUAUCUUUUUAGUCUUAUGCAUAUCUAUGAAGUAUGGAGCGCUAUAUCUUGUUAUUAACCAAAUUUCAAUCAAUGGCAUAUCACUGAAGUCUUAUGGCGCAUUUAGAACGAGUUGAUUAGUGUGGCAGCCAUAUUUCAUCCACAAUUCUGUAAGUAUAUGUACGUGUAUCAACUUAGGUUGUGAAUGCAGAUUUACAUGUAUGACUAUGGUAAUUUCAUGAUAAACACUUUGUCAAUUAUAAGCAUGGAUGUCUAUAUAUGGAGUUUGGUCACAGUCAGUGGCAGCACAAAAAACUGCCAUUAAUUUAUAUGUGAACUGAUUUAUAAUUAUUUUCAUUAAAUGAAUACCCUGGGUUACAAUUCUCAAAAGACAAAAAUCACCUGUACUUAUCUAUCACUUGUUGAAAGCAUCAGCUGAAGUUUACAUUGGUCUCUGGGAAAGCAAGAUAGCCCUCAGAUGGGACAAAACUCAGGAUGCAAGUUAUUGUGCUCAGCUCCUUAUCUGUCUCUAGACACUCACAAAUCUGAAUGUUUAUUUUUAAUGAACUUUUGGUUUUGUAUGCCUCGUCAGGAAUAACACUACCUAACCUUACAUGCCUUAUGAUCAGGAAUCAUUUUGUUUUGAUUGUCUGAUACUUCCACCCAUUCCAUGGAAACCCAUUUACAUUUAUACCACUAUAAACUAAAAUAGCUUAUAAACCACCUUUAACAAAGACACUAGAGGUCGCUGCUGGGCAAGACCAAUAGGAGCUAUUGUUCCCAGACUGUAGUUCAUAAACGUAAGUUAUUAAAAUGUUAGCUGAAGUGCUUUAUAUAUAUUUAUGUAAGAUUGAAGUUUUAUGUUUAUUUCACAGCUUUUAGCGUUUCUCAAACUUCAAAACUUUUCAUGUUAUAUUAUAUACAGAAUCAUGAUGAUAUGCAUUUACAGCUUUUAAUAUUUAUAUGAUAUCUUAGAUAUUUACUUUAAGCUUUUUAUAUUAGCUAGGUCUGAUUGUUGUUUCUUCUGGUUGUGAAAUGCUACUACCCAUCAAGACAGAAAAGCAAGCAAAAUGUGCAAGAAUUGUUUUUGUUUAUACAGUCAUUGGUUUUAUGGCUUUUUACAAAAUAGAAAAAAGGACGAUUUACAAACUCACAUUUGUAUUCAUUAUAUAUGCAUACAUAUAAAGGGUGGAGCGCUAGUUAUCAUAAAAAUAGCUUAUACAGUGACUAAAAUAUUGUGUUAUAUUCAUCUAGUCAAUUUUGAGAGUACUUUGUUUUUAGGGUUUUAGACCGUCAUCUUUGUUUGAUAAAAAUCUGUCUCUUAUUCAUGCA